UUGGAUUCAUUUGUCGAGGAGGAGGAGGAAUCGUGUAUGUACAUAAGAACCAAACCAGGGUCACCUUUCUUGUUUCCACACUUUUAGACUAUUCCCAGGCUGUAAAGGUGCAAUUCUCAGAGUGGAUUAGGUGUUUGUCAAUCUUCGGCAGCUUGUGUUUCCACUUCACCCGCCUGCCAACCAAAUAUUCAGCGACAGAUGACAGUGACAGGCAGGGUGUUGUUAGCUGUUCAUUGAUAAGAGAUAAACUGUGUUUAGGCGGCUGUCAGGCGCAGAUAAAACGGACAAUAACGGUCUAAACUCUGCAAUGUAGCGGCAAGAAGCUCUACAACUGCUCGGCUAUGGAUGCGGUGCUUUGACCUACCGGGCUAUGGGACUAAUGUUUCUCUGAGUGGACUGACUCAACAAGAAACACCUCGACACACCAUCGUUUGCUGAAUCUGACUGACCACUAAGGAACAAAAAAUAUUUUUUUUAACUUGAGCUAUUAUCAACAAUUCAACUCGGACGAUGCGGCUUUUAAUUCGCAUGUCAAGGUGCUCACAUGGAGUGCAUUUGUCCAAACCCAAGCUACCACAGCCGAGGAUGCUGUGGCUGGAUCACCGUCUGACUCUCUCCGCUGCUUUCCGGAGGAAGAGACAGUGGACCGGGGUCAAGUCAUCAGUCCGCCCGACAACUGCCUUCCCUUUCUGCUCGCCCGGGCCCUUCAUGUCUGUCCUGUCCUGCGGUCCACUUAGGGGUCUUUCCAUACUCUGUCCACACACACCGACAGGCCGAGCACGGACAGUCACACACACACCUGUUGCCUUUACCAGCUCUUCAGCCGCCUCUACACCUACACCAGCCGGACCAGCGAAGACCCAGACGGACACUGACCGUGAUCAAACACGGACCACGGUUCCCCUGGAGGAUGUUAAAAGGAUUUUGCAACUUGCACACCCGGAGAGAUGGAGACUGGCAGCUGCUUUAGGCUUCCUAACUGUCUCCAGUGCUGUAACCAUGUCAGCUCCAUUUUUCCUGGGUAAAGUGAUCGACACCAUUUACACCACUGGAACAGACACAGAGACAAUGGCGGCCUCCCUGACAUCAUUAUGUAUCAUGCUGACCGGAGUGUUCCUGUGUGGUGGGGCAGCCAAUGCUGCCAGAGUCUACCUCAUGCAGACAUCAGGCCAACAGAUUGUUCGUAAUCUCCGUGCCGCCCUCUUCUCCUCCAUCCUCGGACAGGAAGUGGCAUUUUUUGACAAGAAUAGGACCGGCGAGCUUAUCAACCGCCUCUCUGCUGACACCACCGUGGUGGGCCACUCGAUCACUGACAACCUGUCAGACGGGCUGAGAGCCGUCGCCCAGGCAGUUGCUGGUGUCAGUAUGAUGUUCUAUGUCUCCCCCGGUCUUGCAUGCUUUGUGUUGCUGAUUGUUCCUCCUGUGGCCGGUCUUGCUAUAGUCUAUGGCAGAUACCUUCGCUCCAUCUCCAAACGCACACAGGAUGCACUUGCACAAGCCACACAGUUGGCAGAGGAGCGUAUCAGCAACAUGCGGACGGUCAGGGCUUUUGGUAAAGAGCUGUCCGAGGUCAACACAUACACACAGAAGACAGACCUGGUCCUCAGCUUGGCCAAGAAGGAGGCUCUUCUACGAGCUGGCUUCUUUGGAGUGACUGGUCUCAGUGGUAACAUGAUGAUCCUGUCAGUGCUGUACAAAGGAGGGCUUCUGAUGGCCAGCCAGCACAUGACUGUGGGAGAGCUCUCAUCGUUCCUCAUGUACACCUUCUGGGUGGGCAUCAGUAUUGCAGGUCUGAGUUCAUUUUACUCUGAGCUGAUGAAGGGUUUUGGAGCAGGAGCCAGAAUUUGGGAGCUGCUGGACAGAAAGCCUGAGUUUCCUCUAAAUGAAGGCCUCAUGCUUCCUUCAGACCAGCUGAAGGGUCGGUUGGAGUUUUCUGAUAUCUCCUUUGCCUACCCGACCCGUAAGGAGGCUCCUAUUUUCCAGAACCUCAGUCUGCUGGUCCCAGCUGGUACCAUCAUGGCUGUGGUGGGACCCAGUGGCUCUGGAAAAUCAACCCUCGUCUCACUGCUCCUCAGGCUGUACGACACUGAUGCUGGCAUCAUCACCAUAGAUGGUCAUGACAUCAGAGAUCUGAAUCCCUAUUGGCUCAGGAGUCACAUUGGAACUGUCAGCCAGGAGCCCGUGCUGUUUUCUUGCUCUAUAAGAGAUAAUAUAGCAUACGGUGCAGUGGACCCAGACGCUGUGACCACAGAGGACAUCCACAGGGCAGCCAGAGUGGCCAACGCCUUUAAUUUCAUCCAGACUUUUCCUAAGGGCUUUAACACCGUAGUGGGGGAGAAGGGAGUGCUGUUGUCAGGUGGUCAGAAACAGAGGAUAGCAAUAGCCAGAGCUCUGCUCAAAAAUCCUAAGAUCCUGCUGUUAGACGAAGCUACCAGUGCAUUGGAUGCUGAGAAUGAGUUCUUGGUCCAGGAGGCUUUGGAGCGUCUGAUGGAAGGGAGGACGGUCGUGAUCAUCGCUCACCGUCUGUCCACCAUCCAGAAUGCGAACGCAGUUGCUGUGCUGGACCAGCGGCGUAUAGCCGAGUGUGGCCAGCACACAGAGCUGCUAGGCAACAGGCAAGGACUGUUCAGAAAACUGAUGGAGAAACAGGCGUUUCUGCAAGACGAACAGAAACGGGCACUUCGCUGAGAGGACAGGGACUACAGAGGAGUGGAUGAGGAAGAGGGAGAAACCAGGAGGUGAGAUCAAUUCCUGGAGAAA